AUGACAGUGGGAUCGGGUGGUCGGCGCUGGAGGACCGAGGGAUCCGGGGAGACGAUGGCAGGCGCUCGAUCUCCCUGUGAUCCCGGAGCACAGCAAAACGGAUCACACGGUAACCAGCUCACCAGGAGAUCACGAUCGACAAAAGGAGCCUCUAAGGCCCGCCGCGACCUCAUUAACUGUGAGAUACGCUCCCUCCGGAACCUACUGCCCCUUACGGAGGAGGAGAAACAGAGCCUGUCCUACCUCCAGACCAUGGCCCUGGUCAACAUCUACCUUCACAAAGCCCUGUACAGCCUGGGAGGUCGGGAUGAACCUGGAUCUUCUCCAGGCCCAGGCCCAGGCCUGGAUUUCCUGCCGGCUCUCCCGGGUUUCCUGAUCACCAUCACACCGCGAGGCAGGAUCCUACAGCUCUCCGACAACGUGCACCAGUUUCUGGGCUUCUCCAUGGUCGAUGUGCUGUCACACGGGGACAGCUUCUAUGACAUGCUCGAUGGCAGGGAUGUGGAGCACGUGCAGAACUCGCUUCAAUCUCCAGCCGCACCAAACACAGGGCGCAGUUUCCUGUGCCACGUGCGGUGCUCGAAGGCGACGAGGCUGCGUGGAGACGGCCUGCUCCUGGUGCUCGUGACGGGGCAGUACUCGGCCGCGCAGCGCGGCCACUGGCCGCCCACCGCAGGCCCGGUGUUCAGGGGGCUCUGUGCCCCAGUGCAAUGGUCAGCACUGCCCAGGGAGCUCGGGAACUGUGCCGGAAUGUUCCACAGCCAGCACUGCGCCGAGCUCAAACUGACCGCCAUUUCACACAGUGUGGUCUAUUUCCUCGGCUACGACCACCAGGAUCUCCAGGGCACAUCAUGGUACAGUUUGCUGCAUCCUGCCGACAUCAUGCUGUGCCGUUCCCAGCAUCAGCACUUAUUGUUGAGGCAGAGGCAGUGUAUUUACGCCGAAGGUGGUUUCCGCAUGAGCCAGCUCUCCGUUCCUCUGACCUCUCCUUUCUUCACACUUUCCGGGGUGCUCGGCUGCCAACUCCCUCUGCCAAUAUCCGUACCCUACAAGCUGGCACCUCCUCAUGGUUGA